GACUUUUUAAAGUGUAAUGUAGCAAGCAAACCACUUAUGGACAAAGUGCAAAAGCACUGGAGAGAAAAUCCUUCAUUACCCGUUACAGGCCUGUGACAUGGUGUGAGAGGGCAGAUGAACUGAAUCGAGCCCAGAGGAGAUCACAGUUCUUACAGACAGUGAUUUGCUGGCUGUUAAAAUGAAUACCUCUCUAUAUAAAAUUCACAGUGCACAUGUCGUCACUGGGUAAAAGAAUGCACAGUACAAGAUUUAUGUGCACACUGGUGAUUACAAAUUAGAGGGGACAUUGGUGUGGAGAACUCCAGUGUCCCUGACACCCUCACCUACAAGAUGUGCAUCCAGCUGCACUUUGAGGAGUUGGAGCUGAAAAUGGAUGAAUUUUGGAUCAUCCACCAGUUGGAGGGGGUGAUAGAUAUGACAUGAAGAGAGGUUAAAAAUGGCAAGGAAUUUGAGUAUGGGAAUCUCGAACACAACACACCAGUUUUGCUGUCUCUGUCCAGAUAUUUAAGAAGUGGAGCAAGGGUUUCAGUCAAUCAUCCUUCCUGCUCAGACUGUCGGGAGGGAUUCACUCGAUCAUCUGACCAACUGGCAUGCCCGUUAGUUUACAUGGGGGGAGCCCAUUCUCCUGCUCAGACAGUGGGAAUGAAUUCACUCGGUCAUCUCAACUGAAGGUACAUCAGCAAGUUCACACUGGGCAAGGCCAUUCACCUGUCCUGUGAGUGAGAAGGGAUUCAGUUGGUCUUCCCACCUGUGGACACACCAGUCAGUUCACACCGGGCAGAGGCUGGUCAACUGCUGAAUUUGUGGGGAAGGAUUCACUCGGGUCAACUGACCUAAUGGCUCACCAGCGAGUUCACACUCGGGAGCGGCUGUUCCCCUGCUCGGACUGUGGGAAACGAUUCACUCAGUCAUCUCAGUUACUGAGACACCAGUCAGUUCACACUGGGGCCAGGCCAUUCACCUGCUCAGACUGUGGGAAAGGAUUCAUUUCAUCAUAUCAGUUACUGAGACACCAGUCAGUUCACACCGGAGUGUGGCUGUUCACCUGCUCAGACUGUGGGAAGCGAUUCACUGAAUUACCUCGACUGAAGAUACAUCAGCGAGUUCACACCGGAGAGAGGCCAUUCAACUGCUCAGACUGUGGGAAGGGAUUCGCUCAGUCAUCUCAACUGAAGGUACACCAAAGAAUUCACACUGGGGAGAAGCCGUUCACCUGUUCGGACUGUGGCAAGGCAUUCACUUCAUCAGCUCAAUUACUGAGACACCAGUCAGUUCACACUGGGGAGAGGCCAUUCACCUGCUCAGACUGUGGGAAAGGAUUCACUUCGUCAUAUAAGUUACUGAAACACCAGUCAGUUCACACUGGAGAGUGGCCGUUCACCUGCUCAUACUGCGGGAAGGGAUUCUCCGAAUUAACUCAACUUAAGAUACAUCAGCGAGUUCACACUGGAGCGAGGCCAUUCACCUGCUCAGACUGUGGGAAGGGAUUUGCUUCGUCAUCCCAUCUGAAGAUACAUCAGCGAGUUCACACUGGAGAGAGGCCGUUCACUUGCUCAGACUGUGGGAAAGGAUUCACUCAGACAUCUCAACUGAAGGCACACCAGGGAGUUCACACCGGAGAGUGGGCAAUCACCUGCUCGGACUGUGGGAAGGGAUUCACUUGCUCAUCCCAUCUGAAGGUACAUCAGCGAGUUCACACUGGAGAGAAGCCAUUCACCUGCUCAGACUGUGGGAAAGGAUUCGGCCAGUCAUCUCAACUGAAGGCACACCAGGGAGUUCACACCGGAGAGUGGGCAAUCACCUGCUCAGACUGUGGGAAGGGAUUCACUUCGUCAUCCCAUCUGAAGAUACAUCAGCGAGUUCACACUGGAGAGAAGCCGUUCACCUGCUCAGACUGUGGGAAAGGAUUCACUCAGUUAUCUCAACUGAAGGCACACCAGGGAGUUCACACCGGAGAGUGGCCAAUCACCUGCUCAGACUGCAGGAAGGGAUUCGCUUCGUCAUCCCAUCUGAAGAUACAUCAGCGAGUUCACACUGGUGAGAGGCCGUUCACCUGCUCUGACUGUGGGAAGGGAUUCGCUUCGUCAUCCCAUCUGAAGAUACAUCAGCGAGUUCACACUGGUGAGAGGCCGUUCACCUGCUCAGACUGUGGGAAAGGAUUCACUCAGUCAUCCAUCCUAAAGGCACACCAGCGACUUCACACUGGGUAGAGACCGAUCUGCU